AUGGCGGCUACGGACGCGGCGGCUACGGACGCAGCGGCACCGUCCGCGGGUUUGACCCCAGCCUCGCUGGCUCCGGCUUCAGACCCGGACGCUACCCGGGCCAAUGGAGGAGAUGCCGCCACCUACGCGACCUCGGGCCGGUGGGGAUUCGAAGCGGGUUUGCGAGGAAGCCGGGCUAGGACGGCCGGGGGAAAGCGGCAGCCCUCAGCCGCGACCCCGAGCCCGAGUCCUGCGGGCGAACUGAUCCGGCCGUCGGUGUCGGAGCUGUCCCGCGCCGUGCGCACCAACAUUCUGUGCACAGUGCGCGGCUGCGGCAAGAUCCUGCCCAAUGGGCCCGCGCUCAACAUGCACCUGGUGAAGAGCCAUCGCCUGCAGGAUGGAAUAAUAAAUCCAACAGUAAGAAAGGACUUAAAAACGACACCAAAAUUCUAUUGUUGCCCUAUUAAAGGAUGCCCUAGAGGUCCUGACAGGCCAUUUUCACAGUUUUCUCUUGUAAAACAGCACUUUAUGAAAAUGCAUGCUGAAAAGAAGCAUAAAUGUGAUAAAUGUAGCAACUCUUAUGGUACUGAAUGGGACUUAAAACGACACGCAGAGGAUUGUGGCAAGACUUUCCAGUGCACAUGUGGCUGCCCAUAUGCCAGCAGAACAGCAUUGCAGUCACACAUUUAUCGAACUGGCCAUGAGAUCCCUGCAGAGCACAGGGACCCACCUGGUAAGAAAAGGAAAAUGGAAAACUCUCUGCAUAAUCAGCAGUUGUCUGAUAAGGCACUUGAAUCACUGAUCAACAAACCAACUACUGGAACAGACACUCAAGACUUGGAAACUUCAGAGAUAAAGCUGGUGGCUUCUUUUGAAGAUUCUUGUAGCUCUAAUGCCAGAAAGCAAACCCUUACACCUCCAAGAUACACUCCGAAGUUACUUUUGCCGAAGCCCAAAGUGGCUUUGGUUAAGCUUCCUGUUAUGCAGUUUUCCCAUUUGCCUAUCUUUGUGCCUGCAGCAGACUCCUCGGUCCAGCCUAUGGUGGUUGGUGUUGAUAAUCAAGGGUCUGCCACAGGCACCGUUCAUCUGCUUCCUUUGUCAAUAGGAACUUUAAUACUAGGAUUGGAUCCAGAGGGUUUCUCACUUAAGGAAACUUUACCGCUUUCAAAAAUAGUCAAUCCCGUUGCUGUUGAGCCUAUUAGUACAGGUGUACAAGUGAAUUUGGGCAAAAACCCAACUAAUGCUUUACAAGAAUUAGGAAAUGUGUGUCAAAAGAAUAAAAUUUCUUCCAUCAACGUACAGACGGAUGUAUCUUAUACUUCACAAACCCUCAUGUCACCUUCACCUUGGGCCCCUCCUGAUUCCUCUGUAUCUUCUUGUUCUCAAACAGAUUUAACAUUUGGUUCUCAAGUUUCUCUUCCCAUCAGUGUUCAGACUCAAACAUUCUUACCUAGUUCUAAGGUAACUUCAUCUAUAGCAGCACAGACAGAUACCUUUACGCAUGCUUGUCUCCAGCCAUGUGGGAUCUCUAGAGAAACUCAGACCAGUGGAAUCCAGAGUUCAGCAGACACCACAGUGUCGAUGAACCAAGCUGUCAUGUGUAAUGAUAUUUUUGAGAAUGUCCAUGCAUACAAUGUUUCUACCCCAAACAUUUCAAACAAUAGUUUAGUCACUGCCCCUGUAUCUCACAGUUUGUUACCUCAGGAUGGCUGUAAGAAUUUGAGUCCAGAUGUUGUAAAAUCUACGCCUGUUAUGAACUUCAGCACACAAAAUAAUAUACUCCCAUCUCAAAACAUGACUGAUAACCAAACCCAGACAAUAGAUUUGUUAAGUGAUCUGGAAAACAUACUGUCUGGGAGUCUUCCUGGCCAAACUUUGGAUAGCCGUAGUCUCCUGUCUGACAGUAAUACCGGGGCUGAUCCUCAGCUAUCAUCUGGGUCAACCCAGAACCCAGGAAUUGAUUUUGACAUUGAAGAAUUUUUUUCAGCUUCAAAUAUCCAAACUCAAACAGAAGAGAGUGACCUUAGCAACAUAAACACUGAACCAGUCUUGGAAUCUCUGGAUAUAGAAACUCAAACGGACUUCUUACUGGCAGACAGCACCACUCAGUCUUAUAGUUGUAAGGGGAAUUCCAACUUCCUAGGCCUGGAAAUGUUUGAUACUCAAACGCAGACAGAUUUAAACUUCUUCUUAGAUACUAGUCCUCAUCUGCCUCUGGCAAAUAUUCUGAAGCACUCUAGCUUUUCCAUGAGUACUGAUUCAUCUGACACAGAAACUCAAACUGAAGGACUCUCUGUUGAUAAAAAUAUACCUGGCUUGGAAAAAGUCCAGUUGAAUAGUACAGAAACCCAGACUAUGAAAAGUGGUUUUGAAACCCUUGGCAAUUUGUUCUUUACCAGCAAUGAAACUCAAACUGCAAUGGAUGACUUUCUUUUGGCUGAUUUGGCCUGGAAUACGAUGGAGUCUCAGUUCAGUUCUGUAGAAACACAGACAUGUGCUGAACUGUGUUCCGUGUCAAACUUCUAAGACAUGAUUCCAAGUGUAGGGGAAGACAUUUGGAAACUUCCCUUUGAGGUGAGAAAAUGAAAAAAUGGAGGACAACAGUGGUCUAUCAGUGUUGAAUGUAACUGAUCUUAUGCAGUCCCUUAGCAGUUUCCUCAUGAUACUUUGCGUCUUGUAUUUGUAAACAUGAAACUUGUAUAUGUUUUAUAAAGUGUCAGUGUCUAUAAAUUAUUAUUUUUUA